AUUAUAUACUUUCUUAGCAGUCGGAGUUGAUUCCAGAGUUCGGUUUUGCUACCUUGGUCGAACAUUUGGAAUUGGAUAACCUAUUUUGAUGGUUCAGUUAUACAAGCCAUAAAGAAGCGAGGCCAUGAAUCCAUCUCUCCACCUUUGCCAAGUUCUAGGAAGCUGAAUCACAUGUCUAGCGUAGUUGAUUUGCGUAGAAAAGAUGGUUCAAAGAAAUCCAAACUGAAGAUGAAACAGGAACAUGUCACCAAGGAUGAGGAAGAAGUGGCGGAGACCCUGUAUGCUUUGGCCAGUAUGGUCCCGGACACUACAAAGACUAAGAAGCUGGGAUUAGAUGGUGAAACUUCAGAAGCAAAGUCUUCGUCUUUGCUGCAAGCAAAGAGUUCAGAACCUGCACCCAAAGAUGUUGCAAUUUCAACACCUCAAGGUGCUUCUAAGAAAAUUAGCACAAGAGUCAGUGUGAAGGCUGCUUAUUGCCCAUCAAAUUUGACAGAGUCAACGGUACAAGUUGUCAAAAUCCACUCUUCAGGUGAUGCUACACAACCCAACUUGCCAUUCAACAAGGAGUCAUCCACCACCGGUGCUUCUGGUGUUCAACUGGAGCCAAGUCUGGUUCCCAUGCUAAAGAUGCCAACUCUUGAUGCGACUCCAAGUGGUGAAUUGCCAAUUACGCUAGAACAGGUUGGAAUCCAAAAUGCAAUGCCCCAUGCUUUCACAGUAAACAAAAGUAAUGAUUUAUCUUUAUGGACUGGCUCGUCUCCAACAGGAGCUCUGAGCUCCCUGACACAAGGAUCCUGCCUACAAUCAUCAAGUACCAAACUUCCUGCUUGGUUUGACCAGACAAAUUUUGCCACUCCUCGUUCCUGUGAAAAAAGUGUUACUGAUGAAAAGUUGAUGAGCCAGGAUUCUCAAGUUCCGAUCGAGUUGAAGAAGUCAUGGAAGAAAUGCUGUGCCCAUGUUUACAUAACUCGUCUCAUUAAGGUCUUGCAACUAUCAGAGAGAAAAGACGGGUUACAGGAGAAGCCCGCUCACUCAUCACAGAAUGAACGUUUGAAUUUACAGCCUCGUGCGAGUGUCGACAGCCAAACGAAUGCAAUAAAUGGUUCAAACUGUGUUGCCUCUUUUAACUAUAUGGCACAUUCUACUUCUGAGAAGAAUUCAGCAGAUAUACAAAAUGCUAUUCUUUUGUAUAAGAGGCUCCUUCAAGAUCAGCAACGUGGUUAUACAACGCCUGGGUUAUGCACUUCACUGAAACAAGAUUCUGAUUUCUUGUCAUUGGCUGCUGGAGGUUGUGGUGUGGAUUCCAGUGAUAGAAUCAACAGAACAGGUCGCAGUCAUGAAGGUUCAAAACAUUUUCAUGUUCCAUUCAUACAGCCGCAGAAUCAAUCAGCCAUGCUUUUAUCACUGCAUCAUAAUGGUUAUUCCUCUACUUUUCCUGGUCAUGCUUCAACUGCGGCAGCACAGCAGAUACAGCUACCUCCAUACCUUAGCAGCACGCUUGGUGGCCCUCCACAUGUAGAUGCUACAGUUCCUGAAAGACAACAGUCGGAGUCAGAUGAGCAGCAGAAAUGGAUGGCUCAGAUUCCAGAUCAAUACCAUCCUGGUCUAAUCACUCCUCAUUUGCCCGACUGGCAAAACGGAGGAAGAGACUCAAGUUCCUUGCUUAACUACGCUCAGGCACACUUUCCACAUUUCCAUUCUUCACUCAACCCGAAGUAUAAGGGAAUUUUGCAACCACAGCAGCAGCAGAUUAUAAACAGUAAUUCAUCUGUGCCUCAUUCAAAUCUGAGAAGACAUUAUAAUCGCCUACCUUCUGGCUUCGAAAGAAAUGGAGCUUCAUUUCACCCUGAAAGCUUACAACAACUGCAAUUACUUUGCAAUCAGCACCUUUGAAAUGGAUCAAGUCUAUAUUACUGAUCACUGAAGAUCCUAAGAAUCGGGCUGGUGGAGCGUGUCUAGAAGACUAGAAUUAUACUGUGGUUAUUCUGGUUUUCGCGCCUAUUCUGUAUCUUUUUCUUAGAUACGUGGAAGAAUAACAUGAUGCUGCUGGCUGAUCAACAUUAACUGGAGACGAUCCUUAUGAAUCUAGGGAACUUUUUUUGCUUUUCUAUGUGCUUGUUCAAAUUUCAUUCUUCUGAUUCUUAAAAUCAAGGAAUGAAAGCAUAAUUUACUUUUUCUAUCAAAGCUGUUCAGUGGAACUUUUGGAUUGAUAGGACAUCUAUUGUAACGAAGAACAAAAGUUAAAAUUGUCUAUCGUGUUGUUUAGUGCGUGCAAAACCCAAUAUUUUCAGAAUGCCUUGUACCUAUUUCAGUCUAUAUAUCAAUCGAAAUUUGAA